AUGGGUCCUGAGUUAGUUCAGUCUACUAAUGAAGCGAUACAUAAAAUUAGAGCACGAAUGCCAGCAGUACAAAGUAGGCAGAAAACUUAUGCUGAUGUGAGAUGGAAAGAUCUUGAGUUUGAUGUGAGAGACAAAGUGUUCUUGAAAGUAGCACCUUUGAAAGGUGUUUUACGAUUUGAAAAGAAAGGAAAGUUGAGUUCUCGUUUUGUUAGACCGUUCAAGAUUCUAGAGCGAAUUGGCACUAUGGUGUAUUGUUUGGCAUUGCCGCCAUCACUCUCUGCUGUGCAUGAUGUGUUUCAUGUUUCAAUAUUGAGAAAGUAUGUGACAGAUCCAUCUCAUGUGGUGGAUUACGAGCCACUAGAAAUUGAUGAGAAUUUGAGUUAUGCAGAACAACCAGUUGAGAUUCUGGCUAGAGAAGUAAAGAUGCUACGUGUAACAGAGGAAUUUCUUUAG